CUUAUAUCUAGGUAGGUGGCAGAAGGCAUGUCUGUCGUUCGAUUGCAGCGCUGAGCUUCUGUGUUUCCUUCAUCACGUCCACCGACCGAUUUUGUUCCCUUAUACCACCAUAUUGUCAACGGAGCAGCAAUGGAGUCAUCGGGCGUAUUCACCUCCAUCACUUCGAAUUUCUCGGGCCUCCAGCUUGCGGCCUGCGUCGUCGCCGGGCUCUUCUGCGCCUUCUACGCCGUGCGGCCCUUGCUGUCCCCGUUACGAUCCAUCCCGGGGCCGUUCUUGGCGCGUUACACGGACGCCUGGUUUCUAUGGCGAGUGCACAAGGGCCAUCUGGAGCAGGAUUUCGUAUCACUUCAUAGAAAACACGGCGCGAUCGUAAGAUAUGGUCCCAACAGAUACAGCUUCAAGGACUUGGAGGCGCCCAAGAUCAUCUUCGGUCAUGGACACUCGUUCCUCAAGAGCCCAAUGUAUCAUGCGUUCUCAGCCCCUGGCCUGCAAGACUGGAACAUGUUCGCCGUCCAGGACGCCAAAGUGCACGCCCAGCUGCGCCGGCAGCUCCAGCACACGUACUCCCUGACCGCCCUCGUCUCGUACGAGCCGUACGUGGACGAGUGCGCCCGUAUGUUCAAGCAGCGCCUCCAGGAGGUCUCCGUCGCCGGUCUGCCGAUUGACUUUGGCCACUGGCUCCAGUGCUACGCCUUCGACGUCAUCGGCCUCAUCACCUUUGGGAGCAGGUUCGGCUUCCUCGAUCGCGGCGAAGACGUCCACGGCGUCAUCUCCGCCCUCGGGACCUCGCUGCGGGACUCCACGUAUGUCGCCCCGUAUCCGUCCUUCCUCGUGCCUGCGACCCUUCUGCGCGGCUGGCUGUCCGGGGGCAAGUCCGGGUUCGACUACGUCAACGCCUUCGCCCAGCGGAACAUCGACAGGUUCCGCGUCGACUCCAAGACGGCGGCCGGGGAGCCGAAGCCGGAGCUGGAGAAGGGAGACGGGGCGGGCGGGAUGCAGUCGUUCCUCGAGAAGUUCCUCCGGAAGCACGAGGCGGACCCGGCCGGCUUCACGAACAUGCACGUCUUCUCCGGCUGUGGCGCCAACGUGGGAGCAGGCUCCGACACGACGGGUAUCAGCCUGGCCGCCAUUUUCUAUCACCUGAUGAAGCGCCCCGAGUGCUACCGGAAGCUGCGCCAAGAGGCCGACGCGGUUCAGCCGGCCCGGGACAAGGACUUCGCCUUCCACGAGACCCGCGACAUGCCCUAUCUCCAAGCCGUGGUCAAGGAGGCCCUGCGCAUCCACCCGGCCUUCGGAAUGCCCCUCGAGCGGGUGGUCCCCGAGGGCGGUGCCACCAUCGCCGGUCGAUUCUUUCCGGCGGGCAGGAGGGUGUCCGUACACUGCUGGGUGGAGAACAGGAACGAGCUCAUCUUUGAAAACCCGGAUGAGUUCCGGCCGGAGAGGUGGCUCGUCGAGGACGAGACAAAGCUCGCGCUCAUGAACCGACAUUGGAUCCCGUUCGGACUCGGCACCAGGACAUGCAUCGGCAGGCACAUAUCCAUGCUCGAGAUCGCCAAGUUGGUCCCCCGCAUCGUCCGCGACUUCGACCUCGAGCUCCGGGACGGGGCCAGCCGGCCGUGGGAGACGGAAAACAUGACCUUUGUGAAGCCGCACGGUUUCAUGGUCGCCGUCGCAGCCCGCGGUGGGUAGAUCCGGUUCUUGGCACGUGGGGGGUUUUCCCCCCCUUCCCGGACAUCGAGUUCCAGGUCGCUUUGCUUGCUGUUCUAGAGGGCGGCAAGUGGUACCGUUUCGGGAAUCCGCCGGGCCCGUCGUGUAUGGGAAGACGAGUGUGUGGCCCAAUGGCUUUCCUGAGGGAUCUGCGAUACAACAAGUCUCCGAGUGCUUUUUCUAGUUCCAGGUUGUUGUUUUUUUCCUUUUCUUCUCCUUCUUUUUUCUUUCUGGCUAGAUGUAUAAAGAAAAACCAUCUCUUUGCCGUGCCCUCCUUGGUGAUGUAAGCGGAGGGAAGCAGGACGUCGAACUCCUCGUUAGCCGGUUGUCCGGACCCGGCCAAUGGACGGCAGCGUAGAUCCCGCUGUGGGUGGUCCGCAGUGGAGAAGCGGGGGCGGCUGGACCCAUUUGUUGCAUGGCCCCUUGUCCCUGUCCCUGUCCCCUGCCUCUAUCCAGAGAUAUGUAUGUAGCCAAGGCGGAGGUCUCACAGGUACACAAUAUCGUACAUGAUGCAGAAGCACAGUAAGACAAGCUCCCACAUAUCCUUUCAAUCCUUCAAUGCUUCCUCCUCCUUCCCCACCUUGAGGCCUGACUACGCAUACAGAGAGAUACGUAGUCAGGUUUGGACUCCACGAGUCAUGAUAUAGUUCUCGUGCGAUGAGGUAUUCGCGGGUUCCGGGCGUUCACCCUCGGAGAGAGGGUUUAUCGCCGCGGACACCGCACAAAUACCAGCACUAACGACUUUGGGCUCGGGUGCUUCGCCUCCCGCUCGGCGACGCCACUCUCAACACUUUGGUGGGGACCCGUCCCUCGCCGGGCAGCUCUCAAGGCCAUGAUUGGAGAAGCCUAACCAAACAAAGUCGCAUCCACAACGUGCUAGGAAGAGAAACCCAGACGCUGGUCUAAUACGCCGUCGCCCUCUGGCUCCAGCUCGCGCCGUCGACAAUCUUCACCUCCUCCCGCCCCGUCGUCACCACCUCUCCGACAUCCAGCCGGAACCCCCGCACGCGCGCCCCGCCUCUCCCGAGAGCCCAGACCGCCAGCCCGAGCCAGUUGGUCCCUUGGUACCGGAGGAUGCCCUCCGGCACGGGAAACCUCGUCUGCGGGCCGAUGUUGCUCACGUACUUCCCGUACUGGAAACCGUUGACAUAGAGCGUCGCCCGGUAGGCCGCCGUCGCGUCCGCGUCCGCUUCCGCGUUGGUGGCGAUGUCAUCCAAGACGAACGCCAAGGGAAUGUCGAGGUCCGAGGCGGGGAGGCGCAGGUCGAGCGUCGCGGCGUAGAACGCCACGCCGGGGGCUUCGGUGCCGUCGAACGGCGAACGUUGCGCCGUGAAUGCAGCCGCGGGC